UAUAAGUAUCCAAGGUAACAUAUCCUCUUUAAUAUGAUGGUUGUCAAUUCUGGAGCAACAGUGCGUAGAACUGUUAAAAUAUGGGCUUCCCUAACUGUUAUUUUCUUUCUACUUUUGAAUAAAGAGAUGCUAGAUGUGUCAUGGAAUAACUAACUUAGUCGUUGGAUCCGAAUGGGUAUUGCCAUGGUUGCUAGUAAGAUGGAUACCUUGUUAUGUGAAGUACUCAAACCGAAAGCACAGUUAUAGUCAUCAUAAACGUAUUUAAGCAUCUCUUUUUACUUUAAAUUUUCUUCAAAUACCUUUCAUAAGGCUAAGUAAUUUGCUUCUCCAGUCGUCACAAUAUAGGACAUUCCUUCUUAUGAGUAUUUGCAUGGAAAAUCAUUGGAUUGAAUAUUUCCUUUCAUCUCCAAUUACUUGUAACAUUAUUUUGCUAGAAAUUUACGGACAACAUUGAAAACGCAACUUACUUCUUACUGGAACGGUAGGCUUAAUCUGGAAGGAUAUAAACAGUUUUACGCUAAAGAAGCCUUAUUUUGAAAAUGAAACUUGUAUCUAAAGUAAUUUAUUUAUAAAAAUAUUCUCUCAUUUCAUUGAAUAAAAAACUAAGCGCAAUGCUUAGUUUGUUAAUACCUGGCUACGGCACACGCCACGACACCUAAGCUACACACUCCAAAUUCUGUUGAACCUCUCUUGGAAAGAAAAAGCUCCUUUUUUCGGCAUAUUUUCUGUUUUUUUACGAAUUGCAGUUUUUUGAGAGUUUUUUUUUUUUUUAAAAAAAACGCAUUCGUUCGUUGACUCCUAUCUACUUACAUUUAAAUCUAUCUUUUGAACAUACACGCUUAGGUGUUUUUUCUUUUUCUUCUAACUUAUUCAAUUCCUCCGUUUUUUUAACAUUGGCAAAGAUGUCAAGCCCUAGAAGAAGAAUUGAGACUGAUGUUAUGAAAUUGCUAAUGAGUGACUAUGAGGUUACUCUUGUAAACGAUAAUAUGCAAGAAUUUUAUGUUCGUUUUCAUGGUCCUAACGAAACUCCAUAUGCUGAGGGAGUUUGGAAGAUCCAUGUAGAGUUACCAAGCGAGUAUCCUUGGAGAUCUCCCAGUAUUGGGUUUGUGAAUCGAAUAUUCCAUCCAAACAUUGACGAGCUUAGUGGGAGUGUUUGCUUAGAUGUAAUUAAUCAAACUUGGUCCCCUAUGUUUGAUAUGAUUAACAUUUUCGAAGUGUUCUUGCCUCAACUACUACGCUAUCCCAAUGCUUCUGAUCCUUUGAAUGGAGAAGCUGCCGCAUUACUACUUCGCGAACCACAAACUUAUACUGCCAAAGUGAAAGAUUACAUUCAAAGAUAUGCUAGCAAAGACCAUGCAGAUGCUUCUUUGGAUGACUCGUCAGACAAUGAUAGCAUGUCUUCCAUUGAAACAGAGUCUGAAAAUGAAGAGGUAACGGGUCAAAUGGACGAUGACAUAUAGAGCGUUAUUGAUCCUUCUGAUGACACUACGAGAAUGAGAAUAUCUAACGAAAAGAAUUGCUCCGAUAAAACAAACCAAAUAACUAAUAGCUAUUUUGAUAUUGUUGAACUCGAAUCUACUAUCACACGAAAACUCCCCUAUAAUAUAAUGAAAUUUAUAGUGAUCUUGUAAAACAAAAAAAGAAAGAAAAAAAAAAAAAAAUUGGAUUGAUAUGAGACAUAACGAUUGAUACUCUUAAUCUAAACACCUAGUUGUAGCAAGAGCGCACUAAUUGGACUACUAUCAAGUGAUGGAUCGUUUUCUUUUCCCCUGAUAUGUUGAAUACACUGACCAAGCAGAACGACUAAUGAACAAUUUUCGUCAGAAACUUCUUCAUAAUGAACAUUAGAAACCUCAUUAUAAAUGGAAGUCAAUAUAGUUAAGAAUUGUUUGUCCCUAAUAAAUAUCAUUUUUGAAAUAUAAUUAAAAGCAUCGAGAUGAAGACUUGCGUAGACUUGCAUUUCAAAAUUUCCACUUUCCCCUAGUUCAAUAAGUUUUUCGCGAAGG